GUGGUUAUAGUGUAGACUACGCAGAAUUUAAUGUGGUGCUAAGAGUUUAUUGUUAGCGUUAUUUUAUCUUAAUAUAUAUAUAUAUAUGUUUAUACGCAUUUCUAGAAUAUAAACUACAUAAGAUUGAAAUGGAAAACGGAGGAAGAAUGACCAUAUGCAAAUUAUCUUCAGAAGUGCAGUCUGCGUUGAGAAGUGGUGUUGUUUUUACAAGUGUGGCCCAGUGUGUAGAUGAACUGGUGUUUAAUGCAGUUGAUGCAGGGGCCACAUUGAUUGCUGUUAGAAUAAAUUUUAAGUUCCACAAAAUCCAAGUUAUAGAUAAUGGAUGUGGCAUGAACUCAGCACAUCUUGACCUUGUUGGAACAAGGUAUAUGACUAGUAAAUGUCAUUCCAUAGAGGAUCUUCAUAAUCGCUUAGAUCAGUUUGGUUUUCGUGGAGAGGCAUUAGCAAGUCUGCGGGAAGUUUCAGGACUGCUGACACUGGAGUCAAGACCUAAGGGUAGUGACAUCACAUUCUGCAAAGUCUUUACCCAUGGUAAAUCGCAUAAGGCAGGAGUUUCAAAGACUGUACGUCCUGAGCAUGGAACUACAAUCACAGUCCAUGACUUUAUGUAUAAUAUGCCAGUCAGAAGACAAAGAAUUCGAAGUGCUAUAGAUCUGGAAGAAAUAAAGUCACAUAUUGAAUGUACUGCUCUCAUGCAGCCACAGAUUUCAUUCAGUCUGCGGAAUGAUACAGAUGGAAACUUAAUUCUCCAUACUCGGAAAUCUGCGGACACUAUUAGUGCUUUUUCAUACCUUUUUGGUCAGACUGUUGCUCAGACUCUUGUUACUGUCAGCUCAACAUUAGAUCAAUUUAAAAUAAGUGGCUACAUUGGCAAAGAGGCUCACCAUCAAAAGAAUUUGCAAUUUGUGUAUGUGAAUAAAAGGCUGGUUCUGAAAUCUAAGUUUCACAAGCUUGCAAACUCUAUGUUGGGUAACAGCUUCAUUUUGAAAUCAAAUAUAACAUCACGUGACAUUCCCAUUUCUAAGGAAACAACCACUGGACGGUGGCUUGCAUACUCUUCUCCUAGGAAACGGGACAAAUACGCAGUGUACUUAUUGAAUGUUGAAUGUCCAUACCAUCUAUAUGAUAUAUGUCUUGAUCCAAAGAAGACUCUUAUUGAAUUUUGUAACUGGGAUAAAGUUCUUCAGUGUAUGGAGUCAGUCAUAAGAACAUUCUUAGAAAAGGAAUAUUCCAUGUCUUUUAGUCAAGGGAGUAAUAUCUGUUCUCAGAAUGAAAAGAGCAAUGGUAAAAAUAUAUCAUCCCUUCUUAAGGAAAUGGAGCAAUUAGAGAAGGAAUGUGCCCUUGGACAAUUAAAGACGCAACAUGUUAAAUCAACUGAAAUGCUAAAUCGGGAAAAAGAGUCGAACAUAUGCAAUCUUUCAGAAAUUGUGAACAAGAAGAUGCUGAAUGUCUCUCGAGCAUUAUUUGGCAUGCCUGCUAAGAGAAGAGAGAAGAGUGAAGAUUCAUGCUACAAAGAUGAUAUAUGUCUUCAAAAUACAACUUUAACCUUUGAAGAAAUUGAUGUAGAGUCUGAAGUUACAGUAAUGUUGGAUUCUAGUGCUAACAGAAGUGAUAAGAAUGUACUCACUGACUUCACUCCUAAUCAUACAUUGCAUAAAUGUGAAUCAGAAAAUCCUUUCUCCAGUUCACAAAUAUACAAUAUAACUCAACAAAGCAUAACGUCAUUGACUGGUGUCUUGAAGAGAAAUGAAACACUUAUAGCAAGAAAAAAUUUGAAUAAGUCAAGAAGUUGUCUUUUUGAAACUCCUUUAAUUGAAUCUGACUGUGAAAAAUUAUCACCACAGUGCACGCUAACUGGAACAGAUUCAGAUCUUUAUCCAGUUGAAAGAUUUAGGAAUUUUAUCAGUCACAGAACACAACCAAAGUAUCAGUCAAAACAUGUUGACCUUCCGCCAAUUACAAAGUUUAGAGAAACUUUUCAUUGUCUAUCAAAUAUUGAAAUUCCUAUACCUUUUAAAAAUUCUGCAUGGGAUGCUUUACAACUGUAUUAUAGUACUUCAGAAACGCAGAAGAGGUGUGUAGAUACUACAAAUGAGUGUGACAAACCUAAUAUUAAUGUAAGUUUUAAGACUGUUGCAAUUGAUAACUGUGAAACAGCUCAGGAAAAUUUCCUUAAAGGUGAAGUUUGUUCUCAUAUACCAACACAUUUGAAAUGUUUACUACACAAAAUGGCUAUGAAUCAAGAUCUGAGUACAAUGUGUAACAAAACACACUAUAAGGAGUGUAGUAAUUAUGAGCAACAAAUGAAUCAUUUAGUGCACGAUGCUUCUGAAACAUUGAGCAACGAAAGUAUCGCAAAACCUGUCAGAAAAUAUGAAAAUACUGAAAAAACAGAAGGAGACGUCUUUAACUUUCAAAGAAAUACCAGUCAUUGCAGUCCUAGUUUUCCAAGUCAGUCAUUGAGGAGAAGAGAUGGAAGUAAUUUAUGCGUUUCCUCUGGUUAUAGGGGGCCGUUAUGUAAUGAAUUGAACAUUCCUCGCAAAGAGAUCAUAGAAGUAGAGGAAUGCGUCCAGUUUCAACAACAUAAUAACUUUCAUAAUUAUGAGCAGAAGAAGAGAGAAACAAACAUUACCACCACUACGUCUGACGUGCGAAAGAGGUGUGUGAGGACAUCACAUGCAGCUUGUAAUAAUGAGAGGAACUGUAUUAAAAUGUUUGAUCUUGCAAGUACUUAUGAUGUUGGUAAAGUAAAGGAACACUGGAACAGUAUGCAGCGCAACCAUUCUACGCUUAAAGCAACAGAUAAACGUACUGAUGGAAGAGACAUGUCUCCAUUGGCCCAAAAUAGCGAAGAAGUGUGCAAUUGGUUAAAACUAAUCCAUCACAAAAUUAAUGCACAUAGACGUUUCACAAAGGCUUUCAGCACAGAUUACAGUUAUUCAAGAGACUACUGCACAAGUUCUGAUUUUCUGUGUACCCUUGAAAGAGAAAAGGCCAAGAAGAGUAAGUGUACUCUACAGAAUGGUAUGUUGUCUAUUUAUCACAAAACAGAUUUUCAGGAUGACCACGCUGCAGCCAAGACAUUUAGUUGUCAUGAGAAGUCGCAUAAUACACAAGCCUGUAAUAAGUCUGUAGGUUUUAAUUCUACUGAUAAGAUGGUUUUUCACCAUAACCUUCCCAACAAUUUUGAAGGCAAUUCACAGAAGAUGUUAAGUCAUCUCAGUAGUUCAGACUGUGCAUUACACAAUGUGAAUGUCGUAGGUAAAUGUGACAGACCUAGUUUAGGAGCUGUUACAUUUAGAUUUUCUCCUAAGUUAGAAAUGAGGCAUCACUUAGGCUGCAUGGAUAUAAAAAAACUUUUCGACAGCAAUUCAGAUAUGAUAUGUAAAAGCAAAUUAAGAAAGAAAAAUAUACAGAAUUCAGAAAUUGUGAAAAAUCACUAUGCGAGUGAUUGUGCAAGAGGAAUUUCACAAGUGGUGUUUGUAUCGGACUACGCUGUGUCUAGACAGCAACUUGGAAAAAGUAUUAUUUUCAGUUCGGGCAGUGAAGCGGAUGUUGAAUCUGGUAAUGAAAUGGAGCCGUGCUUCGCAAAAAGGAGACGUAUAAAUAUGUCAUCUUUUAACAAAAAUUGUUCCGAAAAUAAGAGACUUUCUAAACCUACAAAUAUUCCAAAAGAUAUGUAUGCACAACAUAUUCAUAACAACUGUUCUGAAGAAUCUUUGAAGCGAAAAACUUGCUAUUCAAUUACAAAGUGUGAAAAUUGGAAGAUGAAUACAUUAUCAAAAGAACGGCUGGAAGGAUCUUGUUUAUCCUUUGAAGGACAGGAAAAGACUGUGGAAUACUUGUCUCCUGACAGGCAAGAAGGCAGGAACAGAGUGGAUGGUAAAAUCUCGCAGACAGCUGUGGAUGGAAAAAUGCCUCAAAUAAUAGAAGGCAGUAAUGAUACUAUUGUUCCAAGUUCUGGUAGCAGCUGCAACUCAUCAUUUUCAUGUCUUCACCAAACACCCAACUGUAAAAUUAUAGUCAGUGAUUCAAGUUCUGACCUCUCCUUGCAUAAUUGCAACAUAGUUCGUAAUCAAGAUUCAGGAAACCUGUGUUCCCGGAACAGCUUAGCAGUUUCUUCUAAUGGGAAGGAAGCUGACAGAGAAGCGUACUGUUCAGGAUUGUUAUUUAGUGAGAAUGAGGAAGGAAAUGUGACUGUUGGAACUGAUGACAUUUUUGUUCCUUUUGGGAAGGAUUUGAAUGAAGUAGAAACUAGAACAAUAGGCAUAAUGAAUAAUUACUUUUGUAAAGAACCAAGUUCUGAAAAUGUGUAUCGUGAGAAAGUAUAUACAGAUUCAUCUGCUGCAUUAUCAGAUGUCAUCAGUACAUUAAAAAUUUGUUAUAUUUCUCAUUCUGCUAGUAAUAAAAAUAAUGCAAAUUCAGAAGGAAAUGAAAAUAAUGUUUCAGAGACAGAAAAUGUUGAUUCUGUUGAGAAAACUAACAUGCUACAGAAAAUAUUACCAACAGGUACAAUAGUACAAGAAGUUUCAAAAAGCCAUUACUCAGAUGCAAAUAAUGAAACAAAUCAAAUUAAUGAUACUGGCAAAAAUAAUUCUGAAAGUAUAUCCUGUGAAAAAGAACAGUUAUUUUCUAAAUGGUCUUUACCAAGUAGCACCAUAAAAUGUAGAAUAUCAAGUGAUUAUAAAUGCAUUCGUGAAGAAGCUUCAGAGCUUCUAUUAAUGGAAAAGAUAUCUUCUGGACAUGGGCAAUUACUGUCAUCUAAAGAAUUGUCACCGAAGAAUACUGAACAUUGUGGAGCAUUAACUUCUCAUAACUGUAUGAAUGAUGAAAGUACACAGGAAGUGCCUAGUGUAGGAAAAAUGUGUUGUGCUCAAGAGAAUUCCUCAUUCUUUAAAGACUCAUUAUCAAGGACUGUCAAAAAUGAUGUUAAUGCUGAAACUUUCAGUUUAGUGAAGGCAAAUGAUACAUCUGUUUUAACAAAAGACACACUGUCUUAUGCUGAAAAUGUAUUUAGCGGACUACACUGUUCAUUCUUAAAUGACCGCUUGCCAUCAAGGAAUAACACAAAUCAAGGAGUGCCGGGCAGUAAUAGCUUUAUUGAAAAUGAUUGUACUCAAACCUUAAGGCAGAACAUUUUUAAUUCUGAAAGCAGUUCUUGUAAACACUCUGAAACACAUUCAUUUUCUGAAUCAACUCAGUGCAAUUCAAAUAAAUCAACAAAUAAUGCCAACAUUUGUGACAGAGAAAGUGAAAAUGGAUUGUUAAAUACUGAUUUAAUUACGUGUGGGCAGAUGACUGAUAUAAAUACUACAGAAAGUGAAAUUGAAUGUCACCAAGCUGAACAAAAGAUAAAACUGAAUGAAUGUGUUUAUCCUGCAGCAAGUUUAGCGAUAAAUGGAAAUAAAUUAAGGGAAAUGCAGUCUAAUCUGUUGGACAGAAAACGAAGAUGUGAAGUUGAUUGCCCAUAUACACAUGCAAAAAGAAACUGCACUGAGGAACAUAAUCUGAAUGUUGCCACACGUACACAUGAACCAUAUGAAAGCAAUUUAAUAUUAUCUGAAGUAAAUAUGUCUAAUACCGUUUCCACUCAAGAUCUAAAUGAAGCAUUUGACAGGAUUAUGAAUAAUAUAGCAGGAUCAGACGCAAACAAGCAAGAAAAUUAUGCUACCGUUGUUGGACAAGAUGACGUAGUUAAAAAUAGUACUGUUGGAAUGAAUGUAUGCAAGGAAAUAGAAAAAAUAAGCCAUUCAGCAGAAGAUGUUGAUAUGAAACGUUCAAAAGAAUGGGAACAAAGAUUGGAUCCAAAGGGUAAAAUAUUUUUUGUUCACGUAGAAAGUGGAUUGACAUCCUACGCUGUACCUAACCAUGUGAUGACUCAAAAUUUAUAUUCAAUGAGUAAAAGAUUUGCGUUCUUACCCAAAGGGAUGUCACCUGUUUUAAGAAAGGGUGUGAACAAAUCCUAUGAGGAAUCAGAAGAGAAAAAUUUGACUCCUGUUUCACAUCAGGUGCUGUGCAAUAUUGUUACAGACAGUUACAGCUUAAUGGAUGAAUUAUCAAGCGUCAAGUGGAAAGAUGUACAAGAACCAAAGAGAACAAAUUGCAGGGACUUGGUGCAGAAGCUGCUAGCAGAUUCAGACUGUCAGUUGCAAUAUUGUGAGAAAGAAGUGCCAAAUGCUUGUAUCGAGGAGCUUCCCAGGAGUAUAGUGAAAGUAUACAAUGUUAUCUAUCCAUACACCUUUAGUAAGGACAUCUUCUCAAAUUUGAAGGUUCUGGGACAGUUGGAUAACAAAUUUAUUGUGACGGUAGUUGGUCCAAGGAGUGGAGAAAGUCAGAAUGUGAUUGUCUUGUUUGAUCAGCAUGCAGUUCACGAACGCAUUAGACUUGAAAGUCUGAUGAAAGAUUAUCUUGUUGAAGGCUGUGAUUCAGAAUUCAAGACAAUGGAUGUGAAUCCCCAUAUUAAUUUAUGUAUGAGCAACAAAGAAGUUAGAAUUAUUUCAUGUUUCCAAAAGGAUUUUGAAAAACUUGGUCUUAAAUUUGAAAUAUUAGAUGAUACUAGCAUACAAAUAACAAGUGUUCCAGCUUGUCUGCUGGCACGGGAAGAAAGAGAGAUGCAUGGUCGAGGACUUUCAGUACUGAAUGGUUUUCUUGAGAGCAUGAUUAGGGAACAGGUUGAUUCCAUUCUGACUACAAGAGGUGUUGCAAUUCGGCUGCCUACCAUUCUGCAGUCGGUCAUCAGCUCUGAAGCUUGCAGAGGAUCUGUGAAGUUUGGUGACCACUUAUAUGCUGAGGAAUGUGAAGUCCUUCUGAAAAACUUAUCUGAGUGUCAAGUACCUUUUCAGUGUGCUCAUGGGCGACCAGCCCUAGUCCCAAUUGUGGAUUUGCAGCAUCUUCACGUACAGCAAGCACGAAUACGACCCAAACCUCAACUUUGGAAGCUGAACAAGAAUAAGAGGUUAGAAAAUGUGUCAGACUUGAAGUAAAUCAGUGAUAAUUUGCCGUGAUGUUUAGUUAUUAUUGUAUUUAUUUUAGUUGUAGUGAUUUGACUGAUUUUUAGAAGUAGAGAAAUAACCUAAGAAUUGAUGAAGACCUGAAAUGUAAUAUUAUGUAAUAUGUUACAAAUUUUUGUUAAAGAGAGGAAACGUGAGAUUUUUUUAUAUAAUUUUUAUGUAACAAACCAGAAAGACUGUCAUAUGCUAAUGAAAUGUUAAUUAUAAUAUUGUUUAUUAAGUGUAAAUAAAAGCUGUCCAAUUA